AUGGCGCGCCGCAAGGUUCCCAUGAAGCUCCUCGGCGAGCCGAAGAAGCGCGCCAGCACGUACGCGAGGCGGAAGGAGGGGCUGCUGAAGAAGGCCCGGGAGCUCGCUGAGCUCUGCAACAUCCCGGUCGCGGUGGUGUGCGCCGGCCCCGACGGCGGCGCGCCGACGGUGUGGGCGACGGGGGACGACUUCGACGGCAUCGUCGGCAGGUACCUCGCGCUGCCGGCGGAGAAGCGCGCGCGGCACACCCACGUCGAUUACCUCCGGGACCAGCUGGACAAGGAGAAGGCCAAGCUCGCCGCGCUGGAGCGGGACGUGCCCGACGAGCUCACGACGCCCGGCGCGCUGCUGGACGGGAUGUCCUACGACGAGCUGCAGCGGCUUCUCGCGUCGAUCGACGCCUCGCUGAAGGCUACGGCCGAGAGGCGGGAGGCGCUGGAGCUGCUGGCCGACGACGGCGACGUCGGGGACGGUGGCCGGCGCGACGCCGACGCGCCACUCGUCCCGAGCAUCGGAAGCAGCUCCGUCGACGUACAUGGCUACCAGCACCAGGCGCACGCGCUAGGCAACGGCGGUCUUCUCGAGCCAGUGCCACUCAACUCCUUCCAUCCGUACAACGCCGGCGCGACCAUGACGCAGCCUAUGUACAACGACGCCCCGUACAUGGCCGGCCACGGCGUGGACAUGAUCAGUGGCUACCAGAUGCAGAUGCAGAUGCCGAGCAAUGGCAGCAACAACCACGACCAGCUCGCGUGGGGACCCUUCCAGCCAUGCAACGCCACCAUCGUCCACCCCGAGUACGACCACCUCCAGUGUUGGGACAACAACAACGCCGGCGGCUACCAAAUGCAGCCGGCGACGGCGGCCACCGCCGGCUGGCACACUCCGGUUACGAUCACACAGAACAUCCACGGCGAGCCGUGCAACGCCAUCUUGCCAUCAGCCGGUGACCCCUACAUGGACACCGGCGGCAACGGCAAUGGCAUCGGCAUCGGCAUCGACACAACCGUGGCCGAUUACCACAUCCCCAACACCGGCGACAACUUCAUGGACGAACCCGUCCAGCUCCUCGCCAUUGACAGCGACAAGAGAUACACAUACACGACCGCACCCGGCGGCGACGAGGCGCAGUUCUCCAUGGAUGACCUCCUCCAGUGCUCCGAUGCCACCCAGAAUUCGUCCAGCCUCAAUCAGCUGCAUUACCUCGCCGAUCUGGCGGACGGCUUCGACUUCGACUUCCCAUCCAACUUGGAUGAUCCAUUGGACCUCUAUUGGGAGGAGUGAGUUUUACCAUGGCAAUCUUGGAUUUUCUAUGGCUGUCCAGCAUUUUCACAGCUCUGCCUGAACAGCCUAACCCAGUAUUAACAGCAGCAUUGUUAGCACGCAAAUGACCCGGCAACAGUGCAGGUUUGAUUGGAUCAUCCACCAGUUUAAGUAGUCUGGAGAAAAUCCGGUAAUUUUGUAGCUCUGCUCUGUUAACAGAUAUGUAAUCUCAGCUAGGGUUAUACCUGGCAAUUUUGUAUUCUGUAGCUAGAUAUUGUCCGGGCAAAUUUUUUACCUCUGCCUUGACAUUAUCCUAGCAAUUUUGUAAUGUAGAAAUAUACUCCACAUGAUUGUAAUGUUUGUUAACUCUGAUAUUAGA